CCGUCACAAUCACGUCCGAAUUUGGCAAUCGUGUUUGUUGUGUCUUCUUUCUCUUUUGGACGCGUUCACGCGAAGAAGAUGGCGCGUUUCCGGGCAUAUACCACCGACAGCAGCGACGACGAGGAAGAGGAGAAGCCCACGACCCCCGCACCUCAGCCACGCCCCGCCACGAAAUCUAAUGCCCGUCCUACAGUCGACACGAACAUGGAGAGCGACGAGGAAGACGAAAGCGAGGAAGCCGUGAGCAGCGGCGCAGAAGAAACGGAAGAGGACGAAGAUGAAGACGAGGACGAGAAGACAGAGUCUGACGACUCAGAAGAAAGCAGUUCUUCAUCUAUGCGCGAAGCCGAGCUUCUGCUCACCAAAAAGCCAACGAGAAACGCGCUCGUACCCGGCGAGGACGGCGAGUUCGCAUUCGCGCAUGAGGUGAAUGGCAAUGGUCAUAUGCCCCCCGGCGUUGACGCGCGCAAGGUGGAGGUCAUGCGCGCGUCAUUCUUCGAGACCGAGCGCGAGCGCGCGGCGAUGCGUGCAGCGGAAGAGCAGACGGCGCGCGGGGUCCCGCGCCUAUCCCCCCAGUCGCUGAAUCGCAAGCAUAGCCGGGACUCGGAGGGGGAUGGGCUGAGAGGGGAUCCGAGGGAGCGCGCGUCGUUCGGCCACGACGUUGAUUUGGUGCCGCAAAGACCGUCACGCAAAUAUGCGCGUGUGUCCAGUGCGGCUUCCGCUGUAGCCGGGUGCGAGGGGUACUACGCAGAUGCGGGUCUUGCUAUGGGGAGAUCAUUCCGCGUUAGCUGGGGACCAGGGGGUAGGCUGGUGCACCUCGGUUCAUUAUGCGCACCCUCCUCACGACCAUCGCAAUCUGCCAACUCCUCCGUCGUCACGAUCACCAAAGUCCCCAUGUCCUCCUCCAUCGAACACAACGCACUCUUCUCCGAAUCCCUCCUCAGCCACCAGCUCACCCACACGACCGUCGCACCCGAUGAAGACGAGGUCCCCUUCGCCAACCCGAAGAAGAGCGAACUCAAAUUCUCCACGUUUGCGUCCCUCUUCGGCGCGACGGACCGCUCCUAUGAGGCGAACCUCUUCCGCUUGGGCCAGGCGCUCUUCGACAGCUUGGAAGAGCGGCUGGGCGCGAGCGUGCCCGCCGAGAUGCGCUUCCGUAUAGCGAACUUGCAUAGGAAAGCUGCUUUGUCCGAAUGGCUGCAAGAAGCCGUUGCACCCACAGUCGCCGCCGGCAUCACCGAGGGCUCGCCCACCGACCCCAAAACGGCCAUCACGAACGCCUUCACGCUCCUCACCGGCAACCAGGUCGAGCAGGCUUGCGACGAGGCUGUCAACGCGGGCUUCUUCAACCUUGCCACGCUGAUUGCGCAAGCUGGCGGCGACGAUACGUUCCGCGCGGACCUGCAGCACCAACUGCAAAUCUGGCGCGAGCAGAACAUCCCCAUUGACGCUGCUGUGAAGCGAAUAUACACCCUGCUAGCUGGUAGCGAAACCCUGGGCGAUGGCCUCGACGUCACGGACGGCUUGGACUGGAAACGCGUGCUUGGGUUGCAUCUGUGGUAUUUUCACCCGCCGGGCGACUCUGUGACGGACGUGUUCCGCGAGUUCAGCACCCUCAACUUACAGCGCCCGCCACAUUACCUCGAAGACACCGACCACGCCGCCUGGACCGGCGUCUGGAGCGUGCGGCGCGAUGUGCCAGCACCACCGGACGGCAUGUACCAGCUCAUCCAGCUUUACGCGGAUCAGUCGGUUUCGCUAUCUCAAGCGCUCGAGCCGCUUAGCUUCUCUCCUUCACCACUUGAUGUCGGCCUGCUAUGGCACCUCUACAUCAUCAUCUCAAGGUGCCUACGGCAACGAGACCUCGAAGACCGCGAGGAGGUCGACCUUCCAAGCGAUCACUCCGUGGACGAGGAUAAUGAGGUUGAGGGGCACAGCCCUUCGGCGGACCUGCUCGCGAGCAGCUAUGCGCACCAGCUCGAGUCCGAGGGGAUGCUGCAAGAGGCGGCGUUCGUGCUGUUGCACUUGGAGGGGUCGCACGCGAACGCGCUUUGCGGGACCUCUUGAUGCGGUCAGCGCCAGCACUGGACGAGUGGGCGCAGAGGGGACUCAUCGGCAGCUUGCAUCUGCCUCAAGCAUGGGUCCACGAAGCAUUGGCAACGUAUGCGUACUACAACGACGAUAUGUUUACUGCAUACGAGCUGUACCUCUCCG